UCUUCUGCUGCAGAAACGGAGCUGAUCUGACGGGCGGACAGGAUGCCUUUCUCCGAGCUGUACUUUAACGUGGAUAAUGGCUACCUGGAGGGGUUAGUCAGGGGCUUCAAAGCGGGGAUCCUGUCCCAAGCAGACUAUCUCAACCUGGUCCAGUGUGAGACCCUCGAAGACCUGAAGCUCCACCUGCAGAGCACAGACUAUGGCAGCUUCCUGGCCAACGAGGCGUCUCCUCUCACCGUGUCCGUCAUCGACGACAAGCUGAAGGAGAAGAUGGUGGUGGAGUUUCGCCACAUGAGGAACCAGUCGUACGAGCCGCUGGCCAGCUUUAUGGAUUUUAUUACGUACAGCUACAUGAUCGAUAACGUCAUCCUGCUGAUCACGGGCACCCUGCACCAGCGAGCCAUCUCUGAGCUGGUACCAAAGUGCCACCCGCUGGGCAGCUUCGAGCAGAUGGAGGCGGUCAACAUCGCUCAGACUCCCGCCGAGCUCUACAACGCCAUUCUGGUGGACACACCUCUCGCUGCUUUCUUCCAGGACUGUAUAUCUGAACAGGAUCUCGACGAAAUGAACAUUGAAAUCAUCCGUAACACACUUUACAAGGCAUAUCUGGAAGCUUUCUAUAAGUUCUGCUCCAACCUCGGAGGAACCACAGCUGAUACCAUGUGUCCUAUUCUGGAGUUCGAGGCCGACAGGAGAGCCUUCAUCAUCACCAUCAACUCGUUUGGCACAGAGCUGUCCAAAGAGGACCGCGCCAAGCUCUUCCCCCACUGCGGCAAACUUUACCCAGAAGGCCUUGCUCAGCUGGCCCGGGCUGAUGACUACGAGCAGGUCAAGGCUGUGGCUGAUUUUUAUCCUGAGUAUAAACUGCUGUUUGAAGGUGCCGGCAGCAACCCAGGAGACAAAACACUGGAGGAUCGCUUCUUCGAGCACGAGGUGAAGCUGAACAAGCUGGCCUUCCUCAACCAGUUCCACUUCAGUGUCUUCUACGCCUACGUCAAGCUGAAGGAGCAGGAGUGCAGGAACAUCGUCUGGAUCGCCGAGUGCAUCGCUCAGAGGCACCGCGCCAAGAUCGACAACUACAUUCCCAUCUUUUGAGCCCCCCUCCACACUCCUCCUGAACCCCCAACUCCUUCAUCCCAUCGGCAUUUCAUUCGGUCCUGUCCUGAACAGUGUCUCCAAUAUCGCACCUUGGUGUUAAAGUUCCCUGAUGCCUCAAUGCUAAAUUUCCUCCAUUCUUUACACGUUGGUGUGAGUUGGUUAUUUUAAAGCUCCAGUCAGGCUCAUUAUUGCUUAAGAAGUGUAACAAAUAAUCAACUUUUUAACUAGAAAAGAAGAAUAUGAGAGAGGUGGUUGGGGCGUGUUGUAAUCAGCUCCCCAGGUAAGCUGUCCUAUUAAAAAGGAGACGGCUCAUUUGACUGUCAAACACUCACCUCUGACUGUCUAAACUUUUGGGGCUCAGUGUGUUGUUUUUUUGCAGCGUGCUCUGUCCGCCUGAUAAAAUAAACCUGAAGAAGAAUUUGCAACACUGAAGUGGAACAACAGGUGAAGUUUAGAUUAGAUUUGUCCCCCCUGAACUCCUAGCACACAAACCCUAAUCACAUUUUUUUUGAGAUCACGUUCAUCUCAAGACGAAUGAAACAUAAAGUCCAGUAUAUUGUUUGUUUUUGGGUUUAACACCUACCAAAAUCAGUAAAAAGACUAAAAUUAAUGACCCUCAGAUCGUCCAGCUCCAACAAGUGGACAUGAAAACAUUCCUCUCCUCAGUACCAGCCACCGCCAGGCUCUAUAUAACCUGUAUUUAUUUUUGUUUUAGUGCUAGGUUUUGUCAGCAUGUCUGGUCUUACUGUGGUUUUUCCCCCCCCAUAAAAACAUAACGAGUGAAAGUGUGUGAGCCCCACCCGAUUUGUCGUCUUAACUAGAUUGUUGUACGAUAUUAAAAAAUACAGUCCAGCUUGAACAGGGA